AUAAAACAUUCCGCUGUCAGCCAACACACGGCUGUAGUGAAGUAGUCUCAGGCACACAGAGGCCGUUACAGAUACACGUAAAAAAUACUUACUUUUAAAUACUUCUAUUAUUAGAAACGAUUGAGAGCCUGCCUGACUAAUAACGAGUGUGACCCGGAGUCGUAAAGGCUGUGCAGGGUGAAGUCGGGGGAGACGGACAGGAAAAAAACAAAGAUGGCUGUGUAACCAGAGAGACGAGUCCCAGCAGAACUCUCUCUAACGGCAGCUUUAAUCACCGACAGGUCCCGUGGGUCCCGUGGACAGUCAGCCGGUACCGGAGCAGGGACGUUAGAUGAGCAGCCGAGCUGGGCCGCCGGUGUACAUCGUUGUAAUCUGCUGUCAUUGCGAAUAACGGCGUCGAGAGUACAACAACAGCUGAGAGCCGCCUGAGUUGUUUUUGUUCUGCCUGGGCAAAGCGAGAGGACUGCUGUGUUUUUGUCAACGUAGCUAGCCGCAUAGUCUGCUAGCCUCACUCCUGGUCGCGGCAGGUACAUCUCAGAAAUCUCUAGACAGUCAUCGCCAUGUCUUCACUGGAAGAGAGAGACGUGGGCGUUGUGGCCGCCCCUGGCUCCUCCUCGGCCGGCAUGGGGGUCGGGGCCGUGGGGGCAGCGGUGGAGGCUGUCGCCGGGGUCGCAGCCAUGCAGGAGGAGGUCGGGAUACGGCGAGAAGGGCCCGAGCCAGACGCAGACGAGCCACCCAAGAAGAGGGUGAGAUUGCCCGAGGGAGAGUCAGGAAAGCUGGAGGAGAGACUGUACUCAGUGCUGUGCUGCACCGUGUGCCUAGACUUGCCCAAGGCGUCUGUAUACCAGUGUACCAAUGGACACCUGAUGUGUGCAGGCUGUUUCAUCCACCUCCUGGCUGACUCUCGUCUCAAGGAGGAGCAGGCCACAUGUCCCAACUGCAGGUGUGAGAUCAGCAAGAACCUGUGCUGCAGGAACCUCGCGGUGGAGAAGGCUGUCAGUGAGCUGCCAACAGAAUGCACCUUCUGCCUAAAACAGUUCCCCCGCUCCAGCUUAGAGAGACACCAGAAAGAGGAGUGCCAGGACAGGGUGACACAGUGUAAGUACAAGAGGAUUGGCUGCCCUUGGCAAGGUCCGUUCCAUGAGCUGCCAGCGCAUGAGAGCGAGUGCUCCCAUCCCACCAAGACUGGUACAGAGCUGAUGGGAAUACUGGGAGAGAUGGACCAGAGCCACCGCAGAGACAUGCAGCUCUAUAACAGCAUCUUCAGCCUGCUCUGCUACGAAAAGAUCGGGUUCACAGAGGUGCAGUUCAGGCCGUACCGCACCGAUGACUUCAUCACUCGUCUGUACUAUGAAACACCACGCUUCACUGUUCUCAACCAGACAUGGGUGCUGAAGGCCCGCGUUAACGACUCUGAGCGCAACCCCAACCUGUCCUGCAAGCGCACCCUCUCCUUCCAGCUCAUCCUCAAAAGCAAGGUGAACUCAGCCCUGGAGUGCUCCUUCCUGCUGCUGAAGGGGCCUUAUGACGACGUGCGGAUCAAGCCGGUCAUCCACCACCACUCCUUCAGCAACGACACCAACGAGACCGACUACGUCCCUCUGCCCAUCUCAGAUUCGGUGGAGUGCAACAAACUGCUGGCCGCCAAAAACAUCAACCUGCGCCUGUUCAUCUUCCAAGUCCAAAAAUAAAGAGCGAGGGAAGAGGAGGAGGAGGAGGAGGAUGGAGAGGAUGAGGGAGAAGAAGAAGAAGAGGGGUGAUGGAGGGUGAGGGGCUGAGAGAGAGGAGUGAUGAAGAUUAAAGAGACACCACUGAACCACUGAUACCUCUUAACACCGACACACACACACACACACACACACACACACACACACACACACACACACACUCACUCUCACAAACAUUCAUGCAGGGUACACACACAUCUGCACUCACACACACGCACACACACACCACUAAUUACACUUACCUCCUUUUACAAGAUAGUGAGACCCCUUGCUCGGGGAGCUGUGAGUUGCUAUGGAGAUGGGUGGGCUUUGUUAUGGAAUGGAGGGGUGGGGUGAAACCUGCGAAGGCACAGGCGGGGCUGUUGGGGUGAGGGAGCAGGGUCUGUGAUGGUUGGUGUGUACCUGUGGAGGCUCUCUGAGGUCAGGUAGUGUCUGACCUUUCACCCCUGACACCCGCAGCCAAAGGUAGCACACACACACACCAAACAAAGCAGGAUUUGCUGGGUGCAUUUGUUGCAUACAUGCUUGUGUAUGUGUGAGAGAGAGAAAGUGAGCGGACGCUGGAGUGUGUCCCAAACUCUUGCUUUUAUGUCGAGAUGUCCCAAAGACACGUGAUAAUGUGAAAAUAGAGUGAUUGACUCUACUGAGCUGUUCUUUGGACACGUGAGUGGAUGUAGAGGGCGUGUGUGUGUGUGUGUGUGUGUGUGUGUGUGUGUGAGAGAGAGUGUGUGUUUGUCCUUUCUGUCUACAAACUCUAUGCCUGAGUCUCGUCAACAGUUUCUGUCUGUUUUGGCAAAAGUGUGUGUAAAGCUUUCGCCAGAGCAGACGAAAGACGGCGUCCGCCCCCCCCAGUGAUAUCCUUUCACCUUUCAACACGAGGAGAGACGGCCUGGCUGCAUGCAUAUUUUAGUUCUUCAACCUCUUCCUCCAGCUGUGGUUAUAUUUAACCUUCAACACUAAUACCAGUUUUAUUUCUCUUAACCCCAAAUAUUUAAGUACCUGUGAACUUUUAUUCUUUUUAUUUUGGGUUUUAGUGUGUGACUGAUUUUGUGUGUGUGUGUGUGUCUAAAAGAUCAUAACUGUGAGAUUCAUGUGAAAACCUCCCUAUUAGACAAACCGUACAAUCCUUGAGGACAUGACAGACCUUCAGGUUCACUGUAUGUCAGCUGCUUUUUGGUAAUUUGAUUAUCUGCAGAUUUAUUAGGGACUUUGCGCCCCUUCAGCACAAAAACAACUGGGUCCUGCAUGCCUACAUACUCUGCAUCUUAAAGGCACGGUCAGACAUGAGCGAGUGCAGGCGACUGACCUGCUAGCUUGCUAAUAAAUACUGGGAAAUAUGAAGCUAUUGGUACCUUUUUUAAAUUUCCUUAUGUUCCAUGCCUGUCUGCUUACUGACUGCCAGCCAGGCAGCAUCUCUAAUGUGGGGCAGUUUGUAAUUCAGCUCAUUAAACAUGGCAACAAUCAAUGGGUCCUCCAUAUUUACUUCUUUACUAUUGUUCAGGCUGCGAAUUCGCCAGUCAGUGUUCACUGAAGUCGAAGAUGAGAUUUGCUUUGCCAUCAGGAGCCAAUGUUUUAUACGCCCCUUCGCUCGCACUAAAUGGGAGUGAACAGGAGGUGAAAAUUCGCUGGUGUUAAUUUCGUGCAUGUGUGACCACGCCCUAAAACUUUUAUUUAUUUUAGUUUAUAUAUAUAUAUAUUAUUUAACAGUUUGUUGUGUUAAAAAUAUUCUUGAUUUUAAGAUAGUAAUUAGAUUUAUAAAUCAGUGAGGGCGACCUAUAUUAGCCGACAUUAGCUUAUUGCUAAACCUGCGUUUUCAGUUGAUGAAUAGAAUUUGAUGUCCUACUAAUAAAAGUAUGACGCAGUUAAAUCUAGAAAUCCUCAAUUUAUCCCCAGCAGCAAGGUAAUGGAGAAUCUUUAGCCAAGAAGACGCCGCUCCGUGCAUCAAAACUGCUCCACUGCUCGUUUGGCUGUUACUGCAAAACCUUGACUCAGAGAGUUUGUGACUUUAUGCAAGCCGGUUGUUUAUACGGACAUAACGUCGAAAACACACCAAGCAUCUUCAAAGUGCGAGCUGCCAUGCAGUGGGUAUGGAAAUCUGCGGCGGCUGCUCCAAGCUGUGGCCUUUUGAUUCGGCCAAACUAAAAGUUGCAGAUGAUUUUAACUUUUAGCCAAUCAGCAAACAGAGUCAUGUGACUACUGUGACAGGUUGACCGUUCUUAUAAGAAUUUCUUACUCCUUGAAACCCACAAACUCACCUCCAACACGCAAAAAAGGUCCACACAGGUGUGCUGCUUGGUGUGUUUUCGGCAUUAGUUCGCUACAACAGUUGCAAUGGCAAUGGGACCCAAAUUGGAGAAUCCUUGGAUAGUGAAGGAAUGACCCACCCUACUCUCUCUGAUUGGCAAGAACUUGUCGCCUUCGUUGGUUUGAUUAUUUAGGUGUAGGCAAAAUGAGGGGAAUUGGUUAAGCUUAGGGUAAGAAUGUCAGCCUAUCAGAGGCGGGCCAUUCUGUUGCUGUCGUAGGCUUCGGAAAUUUCGCGAAUGCUACACAUAAAAAUGGCCACUGCUGAAUGGGAAUGUCUGUCCUGCUCUCAUUCUUUUCCUAUGGUUACGUGUUAGUUAAAAUAAACAACUGUCGUUUUUUUUUUUUAAAGCUCGGCAAUACCUUUAUCGGUAUCAGCCCCACAGAUCUGUCAUUGGUCAGGUUAUAGCUGUAAUAUCUCACGUACUUUCCACAAUCAAUGGAAAGACUGAAGAAAAUAUGAGCUCAUCAUCAGUCAAAAGAACACCAGUGUUUUCUUACAAAUUACCACAAACUAACCGACAUACAGAAAACCUGAGCCAGGUUGUUUCCAGUAAAAGAGCUCUGUGAAAAAUCUAAGGAGGAUGACAUCAAGAGUGUGAGCUGUGUGUGCACCGAACUUCAUGGAUGAACUUUGAGGCAACAGGGGCCCAUGAGGACGAGUCAACGACAGUAAGGGGACGCAACCCAAACUGAGAGACUCCUUCAUCUGCGUGAAGCUCAGCGGCCCCCUGGAGAAGACUUCUCAGGAGGAUCAGACUGUGGGUGGUGUGGAUGAUUGUGUGUGUGUGUGUGUGUGUGUGUGUGUGUGUGUGUGUGUGUCAGGGGUGGGGACGGGGGUUGGGGUGGGGUUUUACCUUACCACGGUGACAUAUUAGUGUUAGACUUACUUGAACGAGAAGAUGUUACUUAAGUAGAUUCUACUGUAAAGCAGAUAGAUCUCUCUCCUCCUGACCUCUACUUCCUGUAUUUCUGUGUUUUAAUGCUUCGUCUCUAUGCCAGUGGACUCACUCAUCUCACUAUGGCUGUACAUGUGCCUUUUAUUAAAGAUCAUGGAACCUGCA